UCGUGGACUAUGGUGGCAGUGGAACCACCCGAUUUCAGCUUAGCGGCAGCCAGGUAAAUGAGCCUCAGUCUGCUCGAAACCCUCAGUGUGCGUAGACGUCGGGAUACCGCUGCCGUCCAACUGUUAUCCGUCCGUCGUGAUUUUUAUCCAUAGGUCAUGAAAACAACCAUUUCCACGCACUAGAAGCUGGAAGGAGUUCAUUGAGACUUUGGCCAGAGCUAAUCUUAACUCCUCACUGUACCAGAAAACCAGAACAGGACUUAUGACAUUCAUGUCGUGAUUUUAAGAAGAAGAAAAAAAAGCAUUUCACAAAAAAGCGAGUUUUAUGAUUUUCACGGGAAGAAAUUGAGCUGCACGAACAAUGAAAAAGAUGAGUCUCGAUAAACAAUGUUGGUCAAACUGACUCUAGAGAUGCAUUAGUUGAAGGCUUCAUCUUCUGAUCGUGAAUUGUUAGCGAGGCAGCAAAGCCGACACCAAAUGUUGGAGAGAUCGACGCAAGUCACCAGUACGACAAGUGGGAAAGCAAACGCUCGGACGCCGUCAAACAGGAUGCGAGGCACAACCUUCGUCGGCGGCCUUUGGAACGGAGACAAAGUGGAAGAGGAGGAGGUCGAUGUGGAGGUCCAGUUUGCGGCCCUCAUUCCCGGCUCUCAUCACUCGGCGCAGAGGACGCGAGCAGGCGAGGAGAGUACCCGGGAGAAUGCGGCCGAAGGAAGCGGAUCGGAUUCUCAAAGUGAAAGUGGCAUCAGCAGCAGCAGCAGCAACAUGAGCCUAAGCGGACAGAAGAGGAAGAAGAGCAGCCUUUCGGCGCCCACGGGAACCUCGCGUCGGGGAAAGAAGAGACGGUCGGGAAUCUCCGCUCGAGAGAGGAAUUUGCGGCGGCUAGAAAGCAACGAGAGGGAGAGGAUGCGAAUGCACUCCCUCAAUAAAGCCUUCCAGGAACUGCGGGAGGUGAUACCGCAUGUGAAAAUGGACCGCAGGUUGAGCAAAAUCGAGACGCUGACGCUGGCGAAGCAUUACAUCAUGGCCCUCACCAACACCGUCUGUGACAUGAGAGGCGACGAAAAACCCUACAAGUUCCUCGAUGCCUUCGUCAACCAAAAGAACGGCGACGACGAAGGCUGUGAGGAGGAGGAGGACGAGGACGAGGACGAAGACGAGGAAGAGGAAAUCGACGAGAUCAACAACAACGCAACGACCCAAGUGUUUUAAAGCUUCUGGUUUGGCCUCUUGAAGCGAAUGGUGGUAUUUUCGAAAGCACGAUGGUAUCUGCAGACGUAGCCUCCCCGGUAUCGAAAAGCUCGCUGUUGUCUUUAUGGUAUGGUUGACUAUGUAUGAUGACGUCACGAAUAACUUGGAAUUCACCUUCAUCAUGAUGUUUCAUCUCUUAUGCACAACACGUCUGGGAUGAGGAACGAGUUGUAGAGGAAUGAUUAAUCUUCUUGGCUUGCGAGGAAGGAAAGAGGUCUCCAUGCCAAACGAUGCUCAACUCAUGGAGGAUUGUUUUGUGAAAAACUUGUUUGCAAAACCAUUGAUCCUUGAGAUUUAUGAGAUGCGAUAGAAUUGAUAUUUCAGAGCUAUUUUUUUCUUGCGAUUUCAGUCUCUUCAUAUUUCAGUGAACACUCAAAUAUGUUGUAUCUGUCUGGUAUAUUUUAAGGUUUAUAUAAUAGUUCUUGAGAAAAGCGCAAGCACUGAAUGAUUGUGAUGUGAAAGUGAUUUCACUGAUGUGAUAAAUCUUUGUGAUAAUUAUGUUCUAAAAUAUCAUCCCUCUGACUGGUCAUAUAUAAGUAGGGGUAGAUGCUUUGUAUUGUUUCAAUAUAUUUUUGAUUUAAAAUACUGCUCAUAUUGAAGAUUUUCAUAAGCAGAAUGUAAACAAACAAACACUCACGCGUGCACGCACACACACGCACAUACACACAAAUAUAUAUGUAUGUAUAUAUAUAUAAAGAUAAAAUUGACGAAGGAAAGUGAAACAAUGGAGUAAUGCUCCGAAAACUUUCAAUUUCUCGUUCUUUACUUGAAGGACGAGACGCCGAAAGGCAUCGCAGCGGUAGGGCUACUCCAUUGUUUCCCUUGCCUUCGUUGAUUUUGUCUUUAUUUAUAUAUUCAUCACGUUCCAUAAUUUCGAAAUUCAGUUAUCCAUACAUACAUACAUACACACACACAUUUAUAUAUCAUUUCCUCUUACUGGGCAGCUCCAUGGGAAAAAAUGAGUAAGCCAAGUCAAUGAGACCUCAGUCUUCCAUCUGCUGCGUCAGGGAUGAACCUCGUGUGCAGAAAACUUACACAGCAUCAGCCGCUCCAUUAUUUACAUGCCCAAACAAAAGGCUCGUCAGCAGCGCACUGAACUUUCUACACAAACUCUUCACUUCGUGGAUAUUAAAACCCUCUGAUGAAUUCUGCUUUCCACUUUUCUUUCAGUACUCUCAAUAGUAGGGCAGUUUGGCAAUCUAUCAGUUCCCAUUCUCUCUGCUUGACCAUAACCCCUCACAUUUCCCUGCUACUUUUA